CCCAGACAGCUGCUGUAUAUAUAAGUCGCUCCAAUCCACCUUUACACAUUCUUUCUGUUUAACCUCCAGAUGAUGAAGCUUUUCCUUUGUUUGGCCUUCCUGGGCACCGGAGUCUCUGCAGUACUGCAGUGCACGGUGGUGCCUGGGAAGCUGAAGCAGAUCGAUGCUGGUAAUGGGGAAGUUUAUGGCGUCAAUGAAAAGGAUGACAUUUACCGCUGGAGUGAGGAUAACUGGGUCCCGAUCCCCGGAAAACUCAUUCAUGUGAGCGUGGGACCCGCCGGCGUCUGGGGCGUCAACAGACAAACUUUUAUCUAUAAGCUGCAGGACGACAACUGGGUGCAAGUAACAGGACUCCUGAAGCAGAUAGACGCCGGUGGUGAGAAGUACCUGUCCGGCGUGAAUGGCUUGGAUUCGAUUUACUGCUUGAAUCAAGAAUACACCAUUUCCAGGUCUGCUUCCUUGCCCUUCGUCUUCAUCGACGGGAGUCUGAAGUAUUACAGCUGCGGUCCUUUGGGCUGCUGGGGCGUCAACAGCAUCAACCAAAUUUAUUACCGCUAUGGCGUCAGUCCAUCAGCCUGCCGUGGCAGCCACUGGAAACAGGUCGACGGCAGUCUGAUCAUGGUGGAAGUCGGCACAGAUGGCUCCGUGUACGGGGUGAACUCAGCAGGCAAUGUAUAUAAAAGAGAGGGAAUUUCUGCAGCAACACCGACUGGGACCUGGUGGAAUCAACUGGAUUUCUGUGGCGCGUUUAAACACGUCGCUUACGAUCAGGGGAUUUUGUGGCUUCUCACUGAAAAAGAGGACAUCUUCAAAUGUACCAUCGAUGGUUCAGUGGUUCCAACACUCUGAAGAACUUUCAUAACGAAUUGCGUGCAUUUAAUAAAAUUAUUUUGUAGGCAA